CUUUCGUAUGUUUCUCAUGUGGCUGGCUGCAUUUUGAUACGAUGUCCGUUGCUGCAGCGAGGCAGUUCGGACGUCGCAAAUGCCUCAUCUCCUGCCGGUGCUUGCCUAGUUAUGCCAACAACGAUCGCGACAUUCACUUCCGGUCGAUCGCGCCGCGAGUCAGCAUUACGAGAAGGCUACAUGUAUCACUGACAGCUACUACUUCUCCACGCUGACUUCUGCGUCAGCUCUCGGAUGGAUUGAAUCAAGUUGCAAACAACAAGCGUCCGUGAGACUCUCAGCUCGAACUCUUGGAGGCCAUGGCGUCCAUUCAGUUACUCUCUCAGCUGCCAGAGGAGCUCCUCCAGGACAUAUUGGAACGAUUGGACACAUCUUCACUUGGCCCCUUGAGCUUGGUCUCACGCUGGUGCUACGGAAAAGGGAGCGCUUUAUUGUGGCGCGACGUACUGCUUGAGGACCGCCGGACAAAACACGGCGACGAGAUUGACGACCACGAUGACACGCCGACGAUUAUGAAGCUCGCAAUUCUUCUCAGAAAGCCGCAACUUGCAGCAUGCGUCCACACCUUGACCUACCGCUGUCAUCUUCCACCACCGGCAAUCUUCCAUGAGCUGCCGAGAGCGCCCUUCAGUUCCCAGACGCUGUCCACAGAUCAACGCCUACUCCGGCUCACUCGGCUUGCAGUGCAAGCCAUGACUAAUGUUAGCACCCUGAGGAUCAUCAUGGGCCAUCCAAACAUGAACGACGUUCUGCUACGGUCAUUCUUCGACAAGCACAGAAGGAAAAGCACACCGGUGCGACGCUUGUGGCUGGAGAACUGCCGCAUCAGUAUGGGCUGCAAUCCUACCGUCACCAAGGCGCCGUACGACCUGCCGCUUGAAUUGGACUUUAAUGGACUCGAGAGUAUACGUUUCCGCCGCCUUCCGCUGAAACCAGGCGAGCUGCAGAGUAAGAUCUGGCCUACAGGGCAUUUUGUCCACGCUCGUGGCUGCGUCGUACAGGACUUACUCAAUGGUCAAGGAAGCCUAUACUGGACAUCGACUGCCACUCUGGAGUCCGAACAGUCCGCUGGAUCUGCUCAUCAACUUUGGCUGCGUGACUGGGAUGAUGGGAACCGCACAGUGGCUGAAGCAGAUAAGACCAUCGACCAUCAGACAUCGCCUUUGGAGCGAUUGUUCCAACGACCGCACAAGUUCGACGAACUGACAUGGUCAAGUGCCUUGGCCAAUCCCGACUUCAGCGAGACCCUAUCUUCUUGCGGUGGACGGGAGCUGGAUGACCGUGUCCGUGCAGAGACCUCGUACCGUGGUGGGGUGCUUGAUCCGUUGCCAUCUUAUCUGCAAGCUCCACCUCCGCCGUCCCGUUGGCGGGAGCGAGAAGAACUGCCGGCGUCCCUCGUUGCGAUUGCGCUGCUGCAAAGCGCAAACCGGACUCUGACCUCGCUGACCCUGGAUUGGGUUCUUACGAUACCGGCCACGUUGGGGUACGCUCGUAGCGCUCAAGCACAGCGCCUAUGGAUCGACACAUUCUUGGGCCUCUUCACACUUCGGUUUCCGCAUCUUAGAGCAUUCCAAUUUCGCAACGCUGUGAUGCCUGAGACCGUGCUUCCACAAGGUCUCUACCUACUGGACCAUGCGCGCAUCCAGACUCGCAAUGCACGCUACAUGGAGGAAGAUGACCCUUUCCAGCUACAUGACCAACAGAAACAACGUCUCGACCUGGCAUGCCUGACCUUCAUGGAAGCACACCCGAACCUGCAGGCACUGGCUUGGCCCAUGGAGGCCUUUGUGUCAGAACGGCCAUUGGCGCAGGACAUUGCUAGCAGAGUUGACGCCGUUAUAGAGACCCUCGGCCGUACUCUGAUUGACCUUCGCGUUGACACUUUGUAUGCGGAGAACGGCGAGCUUCAGAGCGAGAGUCUCAACUGCCACAAUCCGAACGUAAGAGACCGGCGAAGGAGAUUUGUUGAAUGCUUUGCGGCCAGGAUGAGGAAGGUUGAAAGCAUCAAGAUUGAAGGUGGGGUGCCGCGUGACGAGCGUCGAGAGACGAUUCGAGCAUUACAUGCAUGUCCUCUGAAGAACAUUGUCAUGAUCGGUGUCAGUAACCCUCUGGGUAAUACAUGGGGUGCGGAAGGUCGUGAUCUGGCGGAUAGUCUGAACCCUCUGGAGCUCGACAGGCUAGAGCCCGAGGACAAGGAAGCCGUCUGGCAAUAUGGGCAACUGAAGCCAGAGCCUCCAACCGCAGACUUUCGGUUCGAAGCAAACUAUGGCUGGGCAGCGGGUCCACCCAUGCUGAACAUAAUCGCAACCCACUUUGCCGAUACAAUCACCGAGCUGAAGUUCUGCGGCUAUAAAGGCUGCCCAGCGCUGCUGUCUCCCACACCGAUCACAGCUCCCCUACUCGGUGCGCUCAAGCAUUUUCACAACCUUCACUCGCUGGUUACGAGCCUUUGGCUGUCGACGUUUUUUGACGGCUCAGAUCGCGACGCUGAGAUUAUUGCAUACUGGCUCGAUGCUCGCUCGCCCGCGUCCACGGCGCUUGUCCAUAUGAGCGAUGACGAAUUGGAGGGCUGGGAGAAAGAGCUCCGCACCAAAUUUGCGCCAGAUGCCCUGGCAUGGCGGAUAACGAACUUCAUCGGGCCGUAUCUCAGCGAGACAGCUAAGGCCAGAAAGGGUGGCGUACAGGUGCGAGCGAGCUUCUGCAUUGGCGACUGGGGUGGCAUCUUUGACGUGGAUCUUCAUGUAGGAAAGGGUGCAAUGGGCAGUGAUGUUUGCCUGGGCUUCAAGGGACCAAUGGAGGAGCUCGAAUCUGAGAGACGCCGGAGCAAGCUGGAGAAUCGGAGAUGGUUUUAACGGCCGGCAUGACCUGGUGGUGAUGAUCCGCCUACGCAGACCGUUAUAAACAAUGGUGGAUAGAGUCAGCAGUGACUUCAACUACAGAUAUGCAGGAUGGCACCACGCAGUUUCAAGCAGCGGACAAGGAAUCUGGCGCGCCAAUAUUACACCUCGCUGGGUUGCUGGCUCUCUGCCGAAUUGCUCGCCCGCUAGGACCAACAGAGAAUGGGUUUAAUGGUGAUGCCGUCGUGCAUCUCCUUUAAGCCUUGCUCGAACUCGUCGGCCGGCAUGAACUUAGUGAACCUGUCGAAGGGAAACUUUCCCUGCCUCCACCAGUCGACC